AUGUUCGGCGUCGUGUUCCCGGACCACACCUUCCCGCUGGACGCCACCGCCUUCGCGCAGGUCGCGCCGGCCUCCUGGCUCCUCGACCUCUCCACGCUGUCCCUCCCCUCCGCGCCCCGCUCCGCCGUCGUCUUCCUGCUCCCGCCCGCCGCGGCCGCGCUGCCCCCGGGCAAGGCCGUCGCCGUCUACUACCAGGCGGCCGCCAACCGCCCCUUCGCCUUCCUCGGCGCGCUCGGCCCCGCGCGCCCCUCCGCUGCCCUCCAGCUCCCGGAGGCCGGGGACGAGCCGGAGCCCCCCGCCGGGCCCGCCAAGCUGGGCGUCGCCGUGGAGGACGCCGCCGCGCUGCCCUCGCCCCCCGACGAGCAGCGCGCCGAGCGCGUCGCGCUCCGCGUCGGCGAGAACCUCUUCAAUUUCAUGCAGUCCUUCUGCGCCGCCGACGGCGGCAAGCUGGUGGUGCCCACGGAUAUCCUGGACCGCUGGUUCCGCAAGUUCCAGGAGAGGGCCAAGAAGGAUCCCACCUAUCUGAAAAGCUUUGACUUCUGA